UAAGUGCAUUGUAAGUCACUUUGGAGAAAAGUGUCUGCCAAAUGCAUAAAGGUACAUAAAUGAAAGACCAUCAAUCGUCUUAUUAUGUGGCUUGUUGAGCACGUUGUAGAGACCUAACGCGUGUGGAGGCUCACGCUAUUCUCCGUGGCAUCCAUGCACAACUCACCAUGUGCCCAACCAAGAGCGAGAACCAGACAUUAUAGCGACCACGAGGAGGUUAACCCAAGGUGACUCUACCCACCCUAGCAACCAGGCCAAUUGGUUGCUUAGGAAGCCUGACUGGAUUCACUCAGCACAUCCUGGAUUCGAACUUGCAAUUCCAGGUGUGGUAGUCAGUGUCUUUACUUGCUGAGCUACCCAGGCCCUCUAAAUAACUUGUAUUUGAUCAAAAUUCCAUUAUCGUCACCAAGCGAACUGAGUGAAAUGUAUUAUGGUGUCAAAAUAAAAGUUCCUCAAGAAAUAUGUAUGAAUGAACCAGGCUUCGUCCAUGUUUCCCAUUUCUUUCCGACAACAAAGCACGUGAACACGACAUACUCAUAAUUAACACUUCAGAAGUGGGAAGUAGGAUAAUUCUGAUAGCACAUGAAGGCAGCAUAAGGUUUAUAGAGCUGUUCAGCCGUGACAUCAAUUUGUAGGCGAACCCGUAAGUCUAAUUCGCCAUGGGUUCCCUCUGGAUUUUCCUAAGGGUUUUUGAACUUAUGUGUAAAAUAAGGUCUGUGGUAAAUAUUACUUGGUGAUACGUGGACGUUUUGUACUACAACAUAAAUUACACAGUCAUACCUCAAACAUGAAUUCUGAAGCCAUAUUGAAUUACAUUCUUUUCUUUUUUUAAACGCAAGGCGGCUUCAAAAUUCACAUUUGAGGUAUGUAAUUUAUAUUACCUGUGUAAUUUAUUUUGUAGAACAAAACGUCCACGUAUCAAGUAAUGUUUACCGCAGGACUUAUUUUACGCAUAAGUUUAAAAAACCCAUUAUAAAAACCCAUAGGAAAAUCCCAAGGGAACCCAUGGCGAAUUCUCUUCUGGGUUUAAGGACUACAAGCUAUUGCAUUCUGUUAGAGAACAAAAUGUAUAAUCAUUUUCAUAAAACCAGCCAACCAACUUAAGAUGUUCCCAGCAAACACAGAAUGUUCCUCUAACGUUAGCGUAUGGUUCCCUUUUGGUAAUUUUUUGGGGACCAUACGCUAACGUUCUAAAAACAUUCCCCUUAGGUUCUUUAUUUUAUAACCAUAAACUAACAUUCUCAGAAUGUCGCAGGGUGGUUUUUGUGGGAUAACCUAAAAAUAACUUAUACAGAAUGUUCUCUAUUGGUUAUUUUUAGGUUUUAGUUGUAAAAUAUUUUCAUGUUUUUUGUAUUAAAUGAUCAUUAAAUGUUUUGAAUUAAACAAUGGAUCAAUUGGGCUGAUUAUGUAUACAGACUGAAUGUUUUAUUUAUGAUUAAUGAUGUAUGAAUGUAUGGAUAUGUAAAUAUAAAUAUGAUUUGAAAAUGGAGGUGAGGGGAUCAUUAACAAAACGUUAGCAAAAGGUUUGGAAAACGUUAGGGGAACGUUCUAUUUCCGUAAAAAUACUUUCUUAGCUAACCAACAGGGAAGGUUGGGAUGUCCGUUCUGGGAGCCAAAAAUCGUUAGCUGGGUUUUGGGCUGUUUUUCUUUUUUAGAUUAAAGAAUGGGGUAAUUUCAAAAUGCUUAGCGAGACAUAACGAAAGCUAUUUCACACUGAGACACUAAAAUGACAGCUGCUGCCUCUCUGCAUAUGGCCACUUUGUUUUGACGACUUUUCCUGCAGACUGCGAGUAAACCCGCGCCUGCGCAUUAACCGGGUCCGAGUGCCCGAUACAAGAUGGCGGAGUCGGUGGGGAGGGAGAGGCGGAGGCGGGUCCGGACUGAAUAGCGCAAAGCCUAUUGAGGACUCCAACAAACCUCUCCAAGACAGGACAAAUGAGGAGCUAUGAUGAGUGAAAACCACGGAACAGUAAAGGCAGACUCGGCAUUGGUCAUGUCGCCCACCGGGUCCACUUCACAGUCUGCUCCCUUGUCACCCUCUACCAGCAAACCCAUCCAAGAGCUGCCAGAUGAGUUGAUUCAAGCUGGAUGGUCAAAAUGUUGGAGUAAGAGGGAGAAUCGGCCAUAUUACUUUAACCGUUUCACCAACCAAUCACUGUGGGAGAUGCCUGUCCUGGGGCAACAUGAUGUCAUUUCGGAUCCUCUGGGGUUGAACGCAGCUCCAGCCUCUGGUGAGGCAAUUGUGGAAGCAGGACUGGGGAACGGCCAGCGUAAGAGACACCCAUCAGAGGAUGCUUCUCAAAGGGGGCCGAACAGUUUCAAGAGGCCAAAGGUUGAGAUUCCAGUCACUCCGACGACUCCUACAGUCCCUAUUUCUCCCAGCACACAAGGACUCAAACCCUGGACCUCCACCACAGAUGAUAAACAAGCCCAGCCCAGCGUACCUGCACCGGCUCCAUACCGGCCCUCUGUAGUGUACUGGGAUCUGGACAUUCAGACCAACGCUGUGAUCCGAGAGCGAGCCCCAGCAGACCAUCUCCCACCCCAUCCUGAGAUUGAACUGCAGAGAGCUCAACUAACCACCAAACUACGGCAGCACUACCAUGAGCUGUGCUCUCAGCGGGAGGGUAUAGAGCCGCCGCGAGAAUCCUUCAACCGCUGGCUUUUGGAGAGGAAGGUGGUGGAUAAAGGGUGUGAUCCGCUCUUGCCCAGUGAAUGCGACCCGGUCAUCUCCCCAUCCAUGUUCCGAGAGAUCAUGAACGACAUCCCAAUCAGGCUGUCUCGCAUCAAGUAUAAGGAAGAGGCCAGAAAACUCUUGUUCAGAUAUGCAGAGGCGGCAAAGAAAAUGAUAGACUCCAGAAACGCAACUCCUGAUUGUCGAAAGGUGGUCAAAUGGAACGUUGAGGACACCAUGAACUGGCUGAGACGAGACCACUCUGCCAGCAAAGAGGACUACAUGGAUCGACUCGAGCACUUGCGGAAGCAGUGUGGCCCUCACGUCACAAGUGUGGCGAAGGAUUCCGUUGAAGGCAUCUGUUCAAAGAUCUAUCACAUCUCUGCAGAAUAUGUGCGCAGAAUCCGCCAAAUUCACCUCACUCUUCUUAAAGACUGCAACAUCUCUGUGGACGGCACAGAGGCGAAAGACGUUCAGGACCGGUUGGUGUAUUGUUAUCCCGUCAGACUGUCCGUGCCGUCCCCUCCUCAACCCCGCGUGGAGCUGCACUUCGAGAACGACAUCGCCUGCCUGCGAUAUAAAGGAGAAAUGGUGAAGGUCAACCGCGCUCAUUUCAACAAACUGGAGCUUCUAUAUCGAUAUAGCUGUAUUGAUGACCUAAGGUUCGAAAAGUUUCUGUCUCGUGUGUGGUGCCUUGUCAAAAGAUACCAGGUGAUGUUUGGUUCUGGUGUGAAUGAGGGGUCUGGUCUACAAGGGGCGCUGCCCGUUCCGGUUUUCGAGGCUCUUAAUAAACAGUUUGGAGUGACGUUUGAGUGCUUCGCCUCUCCUCUCAACUGCUAUUUCAAGCAGUUUUGCUCCGCUUUUGCAGAUACUGAUGGCUUCUUUGGAUCUCGAGGGCCAUUUCUCAGCUUCUCUCCAGCCAGUGGCUCAUUUGAGGCAAACCCUCCAUUCUGUGAGGAGUUCAUGGAUGCCAUGGUGACACACUUUGAGGAACUCCUGGAACACUCCAGUGAGCCUCUGUCCUUCAUCAUCUUCGUGCCAGAGUGGCGUGACCCCCCAACUCCAGCUCUGACGCGGAUGGAGGCCAGUCGCUUCCGCAGGCACCAGAUGAACGUGCCGGCAUUUGAGCAUGAGUACCGCAGCGGCUCGCAGCACAUCUGCAAAAGAGAAGAAAUGUACUACAAGGCUAUCCAUGGAACGGCAGUCAUUUUCCUGCAAAAUAAUGCUGGCUUUGCCAAAUGGGAGCCCACCACAGAGAGAAUCCAAGAGUUCCUGGCGGCUUAUAAGGUCUCCGGGCGUUCUUUACCUUCACCCGGACCCUCUUCCACCAGUACCGGAGACAAAGACUCCAAACCGGGCCAGGAACGCUCCACUAGGAGUCAAGACAACAGCAGUCCUGUUGACAAGACUGCACCGGACACAACAAACAUUUAGACCGCGGCGCUGGGCGUGUGGCGAUGUGUAUGUAUGUUCAAGGGAAAGAGUCUAUGAUUGUAUGAGAGGUAUAAUAUUGCGCUGUUGGCUUUCGAUUGGCACUGGGCAAAUAAAUAUUUCUGUGAGGAGAAGAAAUAUCCAUAUAUGUUUGCUUUCUUCCACAUCUAUUAUUUAAUGUGUUAGGUUCUUAUGUUAUCAAAAUUGUUGGGUUUUAUAUCAAUGUAUUGAAAAUUUGUUCACUCUUUUGUUGUUGUCUUUUUAAGAGCUGGUAAAUGUAGCUAUACAAUUAUACAUUUCUUAUUGUUGUUUUGGCCUUUUUAGGGUGAAUCUCAUGAAAACAUCAUAUAGAACUUGUAUACAAAAAACUUGCAGAAAAUGAAUUUUAGGGCCUUUAAGAUUUUUGUAUUUUUUUUUUAGACAAUUAGGAACAUUUCCGCACAACAUUUCCUAUGUACCGAAAUCCGUCUGGGAAUGUUUUGCGAGACGACACAUUAACAAUUUAAAAGAAAAAAAGCUUCACUUUUAGUUUACUCAUAAUUCCCAUUAUUUUCAAUGCUGAUUUUUAUUAGAUUCUUUUUUACUCUGUUACAGUAAAGUCAGCACACAUUAAUGCAUAAAGGCAGUAUAAAAAUACUAUCAUGAUGUGUAUUUUUUAUUAAUACCAUUUCUUUUUUUCAUUACAGUAGUGACAAUAAGUUGUCAAAAAUAACUUAUAUUUACAUAAAACAUAUUUAUUGCUUAAACAAAAUUAAUUAUUAGGACCUUUAAGAUUUUUUACAUUGUGGCAUUUUUUGUGUGACAAUUAAGCACAUAUAAAUGUUAUAUUUUCUCAUUCAAUUCUUAUUACCGCAUUCUGUCUGAACAUGUUUUGCAAGAUGUUUGACCAUUAACACGUUUGUUUUUAAAAAAAUUAUAUAUAUAUAUAUAUAUAUGUGUGUGUGUGUUACACUUUGAGUUUAUUUGUAAUUCCCAUUAUUUUUAAUUGUGAUUUUCAUUAGAUAAUUGUUUACUGUAUUACAGUAAAGUCAGCAUACAUUAAUGCAUAAUUUAAAGGUGCACUCAGUAAUUCGAAUCCAAUACACUUUUUGUCAAAUUCUGCAAAUAUCUCCUCUCAGUCUGCUAGCUGUCUGUUCUGUGGGUGGGCUGAAAAAAAUCUAGUAUUUGUACACAGCCCUGGCUCUGUAAAUGGGACAAAAACAAAGUGGAUCGGACGAUCCACACAACACUACUCCAGCCAAUCAGCAACGGGGGGUGUUUCUUACGCGUGCACAGGAUGGGAGGUGGGGGCAGAACGAGGGGGGAAAUUCAUUAGAAGAGUGACAGCUGAUGCAAACUCCAAGGAGGACAAAUGGCUGAGAAACAGACCAAGAGAAAAAGGUCAGAUGAAUAUAAACCAAAAAAGAAGGAUUAUGAUAAGUCAAGGGCGGAGCUUCCAAUGGAGCACUGAAGGGAGGAGUGUGUUUGUUUUGGGAGUUGUGUUCGAAUAUCAACAGUGUUUCUCAGAAAUGGCCGAGUGCACCUUUUAAAGGCAGUAUAACAAAUACUAUAAUGUUGUGUAUUUUUUAUUAAUACCAUUUAUUUUUUCAUUUAAUUUUUUUGUAUGUGUGUGUGUGUGUGUGUGUGUGUGUGUGUGUGUGUGUGUAUAUAUAUAUAUAUAUAUAUAUAUAUAUAUAUUUACAGUAGUGACAAUGUUAUUAAAAAUAACUAGUAUACAUAAAACUUAUUUAUUGCUUAAAAUGAAUUUUUAGGACCUUUAAGAUUUUUGACAUUGGCGUUAUUGUUUUAUUUUUUGACAACUAAGCAUAUAGAAAUUUAAUAUUUUCCCAUGAAAUUCUUAUUACUGUAAUGUGUCUGGACACUUUUGACACUCAUGUUUAUAUAAAAAAAAAAAAAAAAAUUAAUUCAAUGUUUUUGGAGGAAUGUGCUUGUCAUGAAAAUAAUGAGAAAAAAAAAUUCUUGAAAUUUUGCUUCAUUUUCUUUAAGCUAAUUUAUUAUAAUUUUUUUUUCUUUAAAUUCUUUAUUUUGUGAAACAUGACCCGGACAUCUUUUCAACAGGUUUCGUGAGAUUCACCCUGUAACGCUGUGCUUUUGUCACUGGCAGGAUUAUGAUGCUGUUAAAGAGUUGACGCACAAAUGUCGAGGGUCAGCGACUUGCAUAUUGUUUUUUUUUUUUUUAGAUGAUUCGGUGUGAGGAGACGAUCAGUGAUCAGGCAGCUAUGUGUAAAAGCCUUUAUUAUGACAUACAUUAGUAGUUAGGGCUUCUUGAAGCAUUAGUUGUUUCCUGUUUUACCUAUUCGUUUUAGAGAACGGCCAUCAUGGGGUUCAUCAACUUGAGAGUUCAUGUUAAGUCGUUUUUUUUUUGUUUUCUUUUAAUGAUGAAAAAUAGAUGAAAUAAUAAAAAGGAAAGUAACAAAAUCGGAAAAUAUUUAUAAUCUAGUUUCAACCUACCUGCGUAGUCAUAGAGUAAAAGGAGGUCAUUUUUACUUUUCUUUUUUUUUAUAUUAUACAAAAUUCAAUAGCAAAUUUAAAAUGGUUGAUCUGUAGGGAUUUUAUACCUUUAUUGCAUUCUUUUCUCUACAUUACAUGCCUGUGUAAACCUUUAAGUCAUACUGUGGCAUUUUGGGUCACAUUAAUUGUAGCAUUUAGGUCUAGCAAGAGGAAAACGAAAAGUCUCACUUAGUAAACUGAACUGAGAUGUGUUUAGCUCAGUUAAAAUUUAUGGUUAUAAAAACAUUCUUUCAUCAUUGAUGUUUUAUCGAACAAAUUGGCUCCUAAAAAUGGCAUACGCCCCUCAUUUUUUCUCCCGCUUGUCUACUUCUCGUUUCAGGUGUUUUACAAGUUGAGAGCGAAGACCAUUUUUAAAAUUGGUUGUUAUUGCCUUGAUUUCACGGUUUCAUAUAUGUGAAAAGUGCUUUCAAAGUUGAGUUUUGGUGUUGUAUUCUAAUCAUACAAAUUUGUUAACAUUUCGAGUGAGAUUAAAUUGUAUCACUGGGCAGCAUUUUGAAUGUACAUUUUAAAAAAGGAAAAAAGAAAAGCAGGUGUCAAACUAUUUCUGCUAAUCUUCUAGAAUUAUUAAUUUUUUUAAUUUUUCACUACAAUUGGGCUUUAAAUGUUGCAAUUAGUUCCAGUACAAUGGUGGAUUUUUUGCCAUGCUUAUACGCAUGUAGAAAUUCGUAAUGUAUACUAUCUCUAUAUUAAACCCUGUCACUUCUGUCUGUAUAUAAAUAUAGAUUUUUUUUUUUUUUUUUUUUUUUCCCCUUUGAGCAAAGACUAGGAAAUGGCUUUGAUAUUAAGUUUAAAACCAGUGGUUUGACUCACUCGGCAUGCCAUUUUAAAAAUCACACAUUGCUAUUAGUUUGAGCAUCAGGCACUUGGAUUUCUUAAUCCUAUAGAGUGUUUUCUGUCACCAGCAAAACUGUAGAUGUUGUACAAAACGUGGGUAUGAUGUUUGUUGUUUUUCUACACGGCUAUUGAGUUUAUUUGAAAAGAAGUCUUUUUCUCCAUGCUUUUUUAUUUGUUUUAAUUUAACCUUUUGGUUCUGAAUAACUGCUUAUGAAUUACAGAAUUUAUGAAAUAGAAGUUGUUUUAAACUAAACCAAAGUGUUAUGAAAAGAGGAGGAAUAUAUCUUGUAUCUUAAAAUAGAAUUGUGUACGAUUGCAUCGGUAAUGCAUAAGGUGUAACCAGCAAAAACAUCCAUUUGUCCAUAAGUUUAUUUUUAUAAUUAUUUUUUUCUUUGUUUUCUUACAAAAAUAUAUCUGGAUUUUUUUAUUUUGCAUGACCUGAUAUUUUUAGUACAAAAAAAAAGAUAAAUUGUACAGGUCUGUAAUUGUUAAAUUAGUUGUAAGCUUUGCCAUAUUAGGCUUUUACCCGAUUUGCAUUUAUCAGUCAUGUUGAUUGAUUUAUAUUUGGUCGCCAUUGCGUUUGUUUAUUCUUAUGUCCUCUAAAAUGCCAUGAAUGUCUCCCCUGUUAUCUUAUUCUGAUAAAGACAAAGAUUCAGUGAAUGUAAAUAUGUAUGUGCUUAUAUCAUUUGUUUCCUCUACCUGUAUAUUAUCAGUGUUGUGGCAUUUCUCAUCACCUGAAGUGGUAUAAAGAUUUUCCUCAAUAAGAAAAGCUCUCAGUAAAAUAUUGAAACC